ACAGGAACAAGGAAGUAGAAGGUCCUGUUUACUGACCACAAACUCUUGUGUCACCUGUUUUUAACAUUAGAGUAACGCACAGUUUUUACAUGUACAGUCUUUAUAAUGGGGGGUAAGAAUAAACAGCGAACUAAAGGAAAUGUUCGGCCGUCUAGCAGCGGCCGUGCUGCCGAGGUCCUUGCCCGUGAAGGUGGCGUCAUUCCCGGGUUUGUAGGCUUUGACGCCACAGUCACCUCUGAGCUGAGUUAUGUCCCAGCUGUGCACGGGGCUGAGGAGAUCGACAAUCUGGUGGAUGCUGAUUUUCGCCUGGUGCUUCGCAAACUCUCCAAAAGAGACAAUGUUACAAGAUUAAAGGCGGUACAAGACUUCGGGGCCAUGUGUCAGGAACGUGAGGCUGAGGAUGUUAAAGGGGUUUUGCCAUAUUGGCCGAGAAUUUACUGCAAAAUAUCAGUGGAUUAUGAUCGGCGAAUAAGAGAAGCAACUCAGAUAGCCUUUGAGCAACUGGUGUUGAAAGUACGACGUAACUUGGCUCCAUUUUUGAAGAGUUUGAUGGGACAUUGGAUUUUGUCUCAAUGUGACACAUAUACACCUGCAGCAUCAGCAGCUUGGCGGGCUUUCGAAGCUGCAUUCUCACCUACAAAACAACCCGAGGCCCUAAGCUUUUGCAAGGAUGAGAUUCUCAAUGUACUUCAAGACAUUCUGUUAAAGGAGACUGCAAACACUUUAAGUGACCCACAAGCUGUGACUGAGGAAGAAAGGGAAGCUAAAUAUGUGCGCAUGUUGACCAGUUCUCUUCUUGGUGUGAAGAGACUCUUGUCUCUAUUACCUCAAGCUGACCGAACAGCUCUAGAAACUAAGCUAGCAGAUUUGAUUAGUUCUGGGAAAUUCUGGAAGUACAGCAAACACAAAACACCCCAGGUGCGAGGAGCCUUUUUUGAGCUGGUUUGUGCCCUGUGUGAGUUGACCCCUGCCCUGGCCCAGGCUGAAGCUGCCCGCCUAUGUCCUGCUGUACUCUUGAACAUUGAUGAUGCAGAUCCUUUAGUGCUCGCUCCUGUGUGGGAGGCAGUUCUCCAUGUGGUGUCUACCAUUCCUGACUGCUGGACACAUGUAAAUGCAAAGAAGGGCUUCUUGCCUAAAUUGUGGACUCUGUUAAAAGAUGGUGGCAAAGGCUUAGCUAAAGCACUUCAUCCCAAUCUGAUGCCACUUCUAAGUAAACUCCCUGAACACAUUACUGACCCACAAAUUGACUUUUUAAACACCUUUUUUACAUCACUCCUCAAUGGUCUCUCCAGUGAGCGUGCCGCUUCCAGUCUGUCGGAAAGUGCAGUAAUAGUUACCUCUGCUGUGGAAUGUUUGAGAUACUGCAUUUUACAGAAUGCACAAGAAGAUGAGCACAAGAAAAAUCUUGUGACCAUGCUUAUAUCACAGCAGCUUCUGCCAUUGUUGGAGACUGCUCUUGCAAGUCCAUCCCUUCAGAAGGGCCCUCUUUUCCUUUUAGUCACUGAAAUGCUUGUCUCCUGGGAAAAGAGAGCAGGACUACACGGCAUCAUUGAAUCUCACGACAACAGUGAUGUCUUUAAAGAACUUGUGACUGACUUCUGGGAGGGACUGGCCUUGCUCUUUGUGCGUUAUGUUGACAGUGAGGAAACCAGCCCAGGGGCCUUUGAAGGAAUGGCCACUUUGUUGCAGGUAAUGCGGCAUCCUGAAAAAAUGUGCAGAAAGCAGACACAGAAGAAGAAAUCUGUCAAGAUUUGUUUCUCCAGUUCAGAAGAGGAAGAUAAAACUGUCGAGGGAGAUGAUUCUGAGGGAAGUGUGAAGACAGGACCAGCACACUGCAGUGACAAGUCAUGUGAACCCCUGCAGACACAGUAUUUUGAGGAUGUGGUGUGCCAACUGGCUCAACUGUGCCUGGUACAUGUCAAUGAAAAACACUCUGAGAGACAUCUUGUUUUUUUAUCACGGCUUCUGCGGUCCUUCCACACACCCAAAGUCUUUACUACAUUGCUUGAAUUAGACAAGCAAAAAGUACAAGAUGAUAAUGAGACCAAGCACUCAGUGAACAUAAAGAACCCAGCCAUGCAUUUCCUGUUAGAGCGGGUGGUGGUGUGGCUGUCAGAGGAGGGUCGGGCAGAUACUGAGCAUCUUGUGGAAAUGGUUUUCAGUUCACUUCAGUGCUGCAGUCAGCAAGAGACUACUCGCAUUCUCAACAACAUCACAAUGAUGAAUUUACCGUGGGGUAUUACUCUUCAAUUUAUACAGAGGGCUUGUGCAGAUUCAGAAACACUUAAAGACUGUAAUGAGUGGCUCAAAGGCUCAGUGCUGGGUGACACUCUUUUAGGGUUGACUGAGGAACUCUGCAACGUUCAACCCACACCAUCAAAUACUUCACCCAGCAGCCAUAGUUGGACUCUGAUCAGCCUGGUCCUAUCGCAGCACCACAACAAUGUUCCCUUGAUUGGAGAGGUGUACAUGGAAAAGAUUCUUGAGAGGUUGCACAACACUCUGUCUGAAACCAAGAGUCUUUCCGAUGCCGGCAACAUGGAGCCACUGAUUUCAUUUGUUUGUGACGUGGCCUCAACGUUUUUCUCUUCUGUACAAGACUGUCUCCUGCUCGAGUCAGCAGAAGAACUUCUAUUCACGGUCUUUAAGCUAACUGCUCAAGAUCAAACUCAUACUCAUCUUUCUGACUCUUCUGUAGCUAAACUCAAAAAAGUCUGUGUCGCUGGUGUUCAAUCAUUGGUCCAGUUCUCUAAACAUGAGAUCAGGGAAAAUGGCUUCUUGCGGAGUGCUAUACUUUGGGUGAAGAACCAAUUACUCACAGUCAACUUGGACAAUAAAAGUUUGCAGGUUCUUAUUGUGGCUAUGCAAGGCCUGGUGGAAGCAAUGAUCAUAGACUCCAACCAAGACACUGCUCUCUUUAUCCAAAUCUUCAAUCUGCUGUCUCCCAGUGAGAAUGACUGGACAAGAAUACGCCAAGCCUUGCCUCCCCAGUGGGUUAAGUUGCCAUUACUGUCUGGUCACCUGCGAGCCAUUUGUGAGAAGCCCUCAGUGGACAUGUGGAAGUUCAGAGGUUUGACCAAACUACCAGCCCACCUUUGUGUCUGUGCCUUGUUAGGAAAGGUGGCUAAGUCUUUAAACCAAAGUGGAAAAGAAAACUUAUCUUUUCCAACUCUUCAGCCUGCAGCUGCGGAACUGCUUUAUGCUCUUCAGUGGUGUAAAGAGGUAGAGUACAGUCCCGCUAUAGUGACUGUAUAUCACAGUUUACUGGUGGAAUAUGGGUUAUUAGAAGGACUUAAUUGUAUGAUCCCUGGAAACGAGAUGCUUCAAACUCUCUACCACAGAUCAAUAGAAGAAGGAGGGCUGUGGUCUUUGGUUUUAGAAAAUUAUAUCCUAAUUGGAAAUAUUGCAACAAAUCAAAGUUCACUUCUGAAGAAGCUUUACAAUACUGCAGAAUGUUUAUUCCCUUUAUCUGAUGCUAAACUGAGCACUCUACAAGUAAUUACUCAAUAUAUGACCAUAGAAGACAGAGAUUCUCUUGUAGCUCUUGCAACUGCAGGACUCAUCAGCUGGCAGGAGAGUAGGCUUGCAGAUGUGUCUGGGUGUAUGGCAGUGUUGCUGUAUUGUCUUAAAGCUCAGACUCCAGUAGACAAUGAGAUUGUGCUCCAAAUUCUGGACAUUUUAAUGCAGUGGAGAAACUGUAAGGAGGAUUGGUUCCUCUUUCACAGUGAAUUUUCCAAAGUUUCAUCAGAGGAAUUGAACCUGACAGUAGAGAUAAUGCGUUUCCUUUCAUGGGUAGUCGCACACUUCCCAUCUGUUCUCAAAGGCAGCCAGUGGGAUUUCAUACUCUGCUCAAUGCUAGCCUGGUUAGAGGCGGCCAGUGAAAACGUGGCUCAUUUGUGGAACCCUUGGGUGCAGCUGUUUGUGUGUGAGAAUGCUGUGCUCAUAGUGAAACUGAACCAGUUCUUUACCUCCCCUCCACCGGGGAUCGAGACGGAGCUGCCAAAGGAGCUAACAAAUGAAUGGACAGACUUCUUUGUAGAUGGAUUAUACAGUCUGCUGCUGCCUCUGCCCACCAAAAUCACAGAUUCUUUCCCUGAGCCAGAGGACUCUGUGUUUCCACUGCAGGUUUUUCAGUCCAUUGGGGAAGCUCUAACAUUUGUGCCCCUAAAACAACUCACUGAUAAUUCUCUCCAGCCUCGAUUCAUUGCUGACCAAAAGACAAAUCUGCCUGAAAACCUCCAGACGCUUCUCAACACACUCUGUCCUCUGCUGUUGUUCAAAGCCAGGCCCUUGCAGAUCACGGUCUACUACUUGUUAGAUAAGAUUAUGCCAAACCUACCUGAAUGUGAUGGAGAAGGAGACAACAGCAAAGCUGAUGAUGGCAAAGAUGAGCCCUGUCUAUCUCCUCCAGCAUCACUGAUGGCCAUCCUCUCGGCAUGUGAGGACCUCUGUGAAAACAUCCUGACAGGAGUUCAGGUGGGGGAGUUUGCUGUGGUUCAGCCUCUGAGUGUGGAGUACUCUUGUAUCCUUGGAUACCUGCUGGCCUGGAAACUGCUUCUGACGUUUUUUAGAUCUGCACCUUCCCAUCUGCGAGCACAUUACGCCCAGUUUCUGAAACAAAGCUCCUCACUGAGUAAACUUCUUUGGCACCUUUUCAAACUGAUGCCUGAGAGCCCUGUCUACCCGGGGGGGUCGGGGGGCGAGACCAGAGAGGCGAGAACCUUCUUCACAGAGAGUCUCUCUCUGGCUGUGGACAAAAGCCACAUUUCUGAGUGGGAGCUCCCCCAUCUGGCUUGCAACGUGUACUACAGCACAUUACAGGACUUACCUGCUAUGGUGCGGCUAUGGUGGAACAGUCAGGAGAAGAGAGUGAGCGCAGCAGUGGAAAAGUUCACCAUUAAAUAUGUCAGUCCAGUUCUGUCAGCUCAAGAGAUCUCCUCUGUGCACUCCAGUACUCAGUUAUUUGAUAACAUGACCGUUAAAGCUCGCUCGGCUGCGCGGGAGGUGAUUGCUACCUAUUCGGUGGACGAUAUCUGCAUUGAGCUGGUGAUUCAGCUCCCACAGAACUACCCUCUGGGCUCCAUCACUGUGGAGAGUGGGAAGCGCGUGGGCGUAUCUGUGCAGCAGUGGAGGAACUGGAUGCUGCAACUCAGCACUUACCUUACACACCAGAAUGGCAGUAUAAUGGAGGGGCUGGCGCUGUGGAAGAAUAAUGUGGACAAACGCUUUGAGGGAAUAGAGGACUGCAUGAUCUGCUUCUCUGUCAUCCACGGCUCCAACUACUCUCUGCCCAAAAAGGCCUGCCGCACCUGCAAAAAGAAGUUCCACUCAGCCUGUCUGUACAAAUGGUUCACAUCCAGUAACAAGUCCACCUGCCCCCUGUGCAGAGAAACCUUCUUCUAAACCACUGUACAUGAGUCUGACCUCCAUGAAGCAAGAUUUUAAUUUGAAUUAAACUGAACAUUUAAUGACCACACUGCUGUUCACUGUUCAGCUGAGUGUACAUUGUUUUAGAUGAUUUUGACUUUCUUAGUUUUUUCAUUAUUGUAUUCCAGUCUUUUCAUUCUAUAAAUGAACAUUGCCAUAUCAACCAAAACGGUGAAAAUAUAUCAAUGAUUUCAAUGCUCAAAUGCAAAUAUGUGUUCCUAAUAUUUAGGAGUGUAACGUGCUAUUGUCUGAUUCAUGACAUGCCUUUAUACUACAGUACAGUUAGGGGUCAUACAUUUGUGGCUCUUUUAAUCCCAGUGCUAUUUUAUCAGAGUAGAGCUGAAAGAGUAAUGACAUCACUUGUCUGUAAAAAAAAGCUUUAAAUUCAGAAGAAUAAAAUACAGAUGUGACUUCUGUGUCUCUAGGUCAAUGUUUUAACUCAUACUUGUUUACCAAUGCCAAAUUAGCCAUAAUAACUUGAAAACUUAACUUUAAAAGGGUUAAUGUGCAACAUAUUAGAUGAGUGGCUCAUUAGAAUUCUAUGCUGUAUUUGAAAUGCCAUGGACUGUAAAAUGCCCUUUGAUGUCCUUGAGAUAUUAGCAGUAAGACUUGUCAUCAAUAGCAGGAUCACCCACGCUGGUAAAAAAUUGACAGCGUUGCCUUAAAAGAAAACUGAGCUAUCAACCUUAAGUUACUUUAUUAACGUUUAAUAAGUGAAUUCUUUUCAACUGUUCUGUUAACCUCAGCCCACAAUUACAGUUCUGUAGUAUAUCUAUAUAGCAAUUAUUGUAAAUUAACCUUUGACAGUUUCCAAGAAAAGACUGUAAUUAGCGGUACGGACUGAAGUCUG